AUGUCUUUCCCCCAGGAUUCUCGCCGCCGUCGCGGUGGAGCCGGCACUGGCUUCAGCUCGACAGGCAGGCGGACUGCCAUGGGCUACUGGAUUCCCUUGGCUCUCACUGUGGGAGUCGCGACACUCAGCAUUGCUGCCUGGAUUUGGAGCGAACGUGACGAAGACGACGAAGAUGAUCGCCCCCACGAUGGAGAAGGCGGCCACUAUCCCCCUCCACCCCCUGGAACUGUCGGCAGCGACAUCCCCCUCCUGCCUACGGGUGCUUUGCGCCGAACGCCUAGCCCGCAGCAGCUCUUUGAUGGCGCGAGCCGGAAGGUCAUGGCUGGAGUGACUGCUGCUGGUGCCUAUGUUGGCGGUGCACUCACUUCGAUCCGAGAAGAAAACCGCGGCGACUUUGAAGACCAUACCAGAUGGUCUGAGGAGGCCCAGACUAGGGCUAGCGAGAGAGAUGGACAAACUGCUGCUGCGCCCACUAUGAGCGGUGCGCUACCGAUUCGUGCACCUGGUGCUGGACAGCACUCAUCCGAUAAGAAGAGGAAGAAGACCAUCGCCAUUGUUGUAUCCUCCGUCUCCCCCGCGGACUCUGAUGAAUUUGCUUCGGAACAUGCUUCCAUACUGUCUCACCUUCCUGAACACGUUGACCUAGAAACCUCUCGAAUCUUUGUGUUGAUCUACGCUCCUGAUCUUAAGCAUGCGCUUGGACAAGGUAGCGCAUCUCAUCAGACAACCUCCAUCGCUUCCUCCUACUCAAACAUCGCAACCGAGGAGGCGGCUUCCUCUGGCGAAUUAGCUGGAGACCUGGCCAAUGUGGAACCACACCAAGAGGGCGAUAUUGAUGGCACAGGCCCCUUCUUCAAGACCCUGUACACACAGGGCCAGGCAAUUGUCGAAAAGGAGACUAUGAUCAUGCCGUUUAAUACAGCCACCGGCUAUGUGCACCUUGUACGUCAUCUGUCGCCCGAUCUGGUGUACGUCCAGGAAUCUCUUACUGGUAACGGGGGUGAUGCUGUCCAGCACAUCUCGGGCUGGGUCCGCCAGGUCAUUGUUGUGGUUGGAGAUGAGGGUGGCCGCGGCGGCCUCAUCGACAGUGACGAUGAGUCCGCUCUUGCUGAGAAGGGAGAAAAAUGGUGGCAAAAGGAGGGCACAAUUGGCAUCGGCAAGCGGAUUGACGUGGUAGACGUUCUCCGUGUAGGAGAUGAUUGGCGUCGUCGCGUGCGCGGGUUGGACUAA